ACAUCAGCUGAUUUCAAUCAAUGAAAAAGUAACCAAAGAGCCUCUGACGUUUCUUGUGUGUUUGGAAUUAUUAUGAAAACAAUAAAAACAUCGCGCUACCUCCAGGACAUUGUGGUGUCAAAUUUAAUAAUUCGUUUAUAAUUCUUGACAACGCGUGUUUUAUUAUUAUGUUUAUUGUGAUUGUCCCCGGGAAUAGGACACGUGUAUCGCGAAUGUGGAGAAUUAUAAAAAUAAAAAUCCUCGACGCAUUUUUCAUCCAAGAGUAGAGUAUAUCAUAAAACCUAACCUAACAUUUGAUUAUUUCGCGCAUAUAUGACGACAAUUAGAGUUCCUGGAGAAACUUAUUAUCAACAUUUCUCAACGUGAAUCUAAAUAUUAAUAAGUGUCAAAUAUUACAAACAAAGUGGAGUGUGUGUGAUGUGAACGGUGUCCCGUUUUUUUUUCUUCUCGAGCGGGGGGCGAAAAGAAAAAAAUAAUAUGUCGUGGUUAAAUCCAUUGGGACGCUUUCAAUGGACCGAGGGUAUCAAGAAUACGGCCUGCAGGUACCUUUUGCAAAGGUAUCUGGGACAAUUUCUCGAAGAAAAACUCACCCUCGAUCAACUCACUGUCAAUCUUUGCAAUGGCACUGGCUCUGUGACAAAUGUCAAACUCGACGUUCAGGCCCUGAACGAGAUGGGCAAACAGCAACAGUUGCCGUUUCAAUUUAUCGACGGUUCCGUCGACGAAAUGUCGAUAAGCAUUCCGUGGUUGAAGCUGUUAACGGAACCGAGUUACAUUGAAAUUAAAGGACUUCGAUUGACGAUUCAGCCAAGAAAACGGGAAGACACAGGAACAUCGAUGUUUGAAUCUAUGUUGAGCUCAAUGAGUUCUAGUAUGCAACUCGCUCAAGAAUGUCUUCAAGAAGACGCUAAAGACGCUGGAAAUUCACAGCCACUCGAGAGUGUUGAACUUUUCGCACAAACAAUAGAUUCAAUUCUGUGCAAAAUCAAAGUCAGAUUUCUAAACACAGUAAUUCGAAUGGAACAUAUGCCAUUGGGAUCGAGAACAGGUGUUGCUUUGGAAAUAAGAAUAAGAAAUUUAGAAUAUUCCGAUGAGGCCGGCUCGGAUCCAAGUAACGCAAAUUUAGAUCCAAAUCUUCAAUCGAAAGGAUACGUCAUUCCGGCAUUUAUGACAAAGAAAUUUUAUUUAGAAGGUGUAACAAUAUUCACUGAUGAAUUUCCUUUCACAGCAAGAACUUCUUCACGAAGUCGUUGUUCUACUCCCGACUCAAAGAAUUCCGAUGCGCAAUAUUCAUCACCUCAAAUAUCACCAAAUCAAAGUUUCCAAACGGGCGUCGAUAGUGACGCAAACAAUUCACCGACUAGUGUUAAGAGUCCAAUAAUAAUUGCAAAAAUUUCCGGACGACAGGAAUUGAGAUUGAAAGUGAAACAGGGUGAGGUGCCGGGGCCAAAAGUGGAAUUGGAAAUGAUUUUGGGUUCGUUCACGACAUUUUUGAGUCCAAGACAAAUGCAUGUUUUAAUUGAAUUGGCACAUGGACUUGCAUCACCUGAUAUGGAGGAUGUGAGUAAUGUGCCGUCGAGAAAUUGUACGGAAAAACCAAUGUUAAACAGUGAUUUUAAUCGUGUUGAACGUGAACUUCUUCAGAAAAUUCAACCACUUCAAGGUCUUCGGACAAUGGAUUUGAGGCACACACAAGGUUGGUCAUCAACAACAAUGGAAUCAGACAACGAAGAUGAAUUCCUUCCAAUGCGUGCACCAGGCGCUAAUUCAAUGUGCGAUUCACUAACAAGUAAUAACACCAGUAUGGACGGAAGUAUAACAACUUCGAGUAUUAGUUCAAAAAGUUCAAUGAAUAAUGUUCAUAAAAAUCAAAAAUAUCGUCAAAGUAUAGAUAUGGAUACAUCGGCUGAGACAUCACAAUUUCAUGUGAGAGUUUCAUCAAUUGCCAUGGUUCUUCUUCAUGAAGAUAUUUUAACAUUAUGCACCGAGGGUAUUGGUUUAACGAGAGCAAGUACACGACAAAUGGAAAUAAUUGCUGAGGAAUUUUUCAAAAAUAUGGAUUUCUUUGUUUCAAGUGGCUAUGGAAAUAAAGACUUUGAGAAAGCAUCGAAAAUGUUUAUUGAGGCCUGUCAACUUAGUCAUAUAAGAAUUCUUGCUGCACCAUUAGUGAUUGAGGCCAGUGAAAAAACAACAGCUCAAUUUUCAUCUAUUUCAUGUAGUUUAAGUCUCGCGAGUUUAGAAAUUGUCGAGUCAUUAGUCAAUUCAAAUUCAACAAAUUCCACAUGUCAAGGAACAAUAACUCCCGUCACGGAAUUUAUUGAACUUCUUGCCUUUUUUAAGGAUUCAAAUAAAUUGGGAUUUUCAAAUACAACGGAUUUUCGAAUGUGUUUUAAACACACGGAAAAGGCAAUAAGACAUGGACAAAGCACGAAAUUUGCACAUCCACGAACGGAAAUUGACAUUAAAUUGGGACCAAUAAGAAGCGAAAUUGAUGUUACGAUUGUUGAUCGAAUUUCUGCUGUUUUAAAUCCACAACCAAUUUGCACCUGUAGUUCAAGUUCAUCAACGAGAGAUGCUUUAAAUCAGCAAUCUCUUUUUGAGAGUCCACACUUACCAGAUUCUAGGACAGAUAUUAAAAUUUCAUCACCUCAUUGUGUCAUAAAACUAAGAUUUCCAAUUCCCGAUAUGAGACCAUUGCACGACAUGAAUCGUGUUCCCUGGUGGAAACGUUCAGUGCGUGGUGACUAUGUCACUUUCAAUUUAAUGGAUACAAAAAUUCAUUCAUCAAUGGAGAGUCGAUUACGUUAUUUGUCACGACAUGAGAUUCAAUGUCGACAAUUACUCAUGACAUACACUGAGGCCGAUUCUGAUGUUCCUGUGGAAAUUGGAAAAGCAUCGGCUGAUGAAAAAUCCGAUGGCACAUCAUUGCAACAGGACAAUAGUGAGGGUUUUGGUUGGCCGAGAAUUGUUAUUACAAUUUUUCCAAAACAUUUGGGUGGUCCAUUGGAGGAUAGCUCGGAAGGUGAACCUGACUCGAGUUUAGAUGAUACUCUUCAAAAUUUGGAGAAUGCCUCGAGACACGCACCAUCGCCGUUUAGUUCAAAAAGAAUUAUUCACGAAUCCGAUACGCCUCAUUCUCGAUCUCAAGCUCAAGGCGAACGAAAUGAUACUGAUAACAGAGAUGGUGAGGAAUUGAUUAUUCCCGGAAAUCGUCAAGAAAUGCUCGAAUUUAUUGAGGAGGGAACUCGUGGUUCAAGAAUACAAUUGGAAAUUGGUCUACCUUGUACUUCAAUUCAAAUUCCAUCGAAACAUUUGUAUGAAUUAUUGUACAAUCGUUUUAAUUCUGAUCUAUUAUUGUGGGAACCGUCAGCGCCAAGACCAAUGUACACAUCACCGGAUACACACAUUGGUCUCGAUUUUUCGCCAAAUCUCUUACAAGAAUCAAUAUAUCCCAAAUUCAGCAUGUGUAAAAGUGGAAUACAAUAUGACUCGGAAUCGGAUUCAGAGGAUGAGGGAAUAUUUUAUUCGACAGCUGAAAAAAGUAUGAAAACAAAGCAAAUUCGAUUAUCAAAAAAUGGACAAUCAAAAAUUGCAUUAACUUUAAAUAUUAAUCAUGGUUUAUUAAGUAUGUAUACGCCGGUGAGAGAUUCAAUGAGAAAUGUAAUACCGGGACAACAGGGUGAAUUAAUAUUGAGAGUUGAGGAUGCGACAUUAUUUUUUGUCACAUCGUAUAAAGGUGAUAUUAAUUUGGGAUAUAUUUGUGCAAUGUCAAAAAAUAUUUCACUAAAUCAUUGUGGAUUAACAACAACACCAUCGCAAACACCGCCAUUGCGAUCGAUUAACAGCAUUAUACCGAGGCAUUGUCUUCAGACAAUAUAUAGAAGUGAAUCAGGAACAAAUGUCACGCUCAAAUCAACUGACAAAGAUAUGCUCGCUGUUGCUAUUCGUAUACAAGCUGCGCAUCAAACACACAAAAUAAAGACUUUUAGGGUGGCAGUUGGAAUAAGAAAUGCGACCCUCAGGCAUCGAAUGAGCGCAACUCAAUCUUCAUGGUUCUCACAAUUAACUGACUGUUUGGACGUUACUGAUCAUCCAAUCGCGGGUUAUUCUCCACCGGGAGUACUUACCGAAUUGCAUCUUCAUCUCUGGGACUGUGCAGUUGCUUACAGACCAAUUCAUCUUCCACUGAGAUCAAUGGUUACAUUGGGAAGUUUCAGUAUAUCGAGUAAUAUUGCAGCUCAAACAAAUACAUCGACUCUUCGUUUUAUCGCUGAGGAUUUGGCUUUAUUUAUUUCCGAUAAGCUUGGCAAUCAUGUGGAUUUGAAAAGAGAUUUUGUCUGUGUAAUGGAUUUGGGUCUCUUUGAAUUGUCAUUGAGACUCAAUGAGAAAAUGUGCGGCGGUGCACCGCGUGUUGAUUUACGUGCAAGUAACAAUUGUUUACACGUGAGAACUUGCGCUGAUUCGGGCAGUGCUUUAAUGCAACUUUUAACAUAUUUCGCGAGUGAUGGUGAUAUCGCGUCAAAUCUUGAUACAAGUGAUACAAUAUCAGUGCCAGGAUCGGGAGAUGAAGAGACAUUACUUGGCGAUGAGACAGCUAAUAAUUUGAGUAAAAGCCAAGUCGAGAGGGUCAAUAGUUUAAUGGAAGAAGCAAUGGAGGACACUGUAAAAGGAGCGGCUGUGAAUUCAUGUAAAAAAUCACCGGAAAUAGAGAAACAAGUGAAAGUCUUUUUUUUUCCUGACGAAUCAAAUCCUCUAUUACAAAAUGAGACAUCGCACACGGAAACAAAAAUUACGUCUCCACAAGAGAUAAACAUGGAAGAGGAAGAGGAUCCUGAUGAGGAUUUUUGUAUUCUCGGCGAAGAAGCGGGAGUUGGAAUUCUACCAAGACAUGGUGUACCAGAAAUUCGUUGGCUAUCACCCGAAUCAUUGCGUGUCAUUGACAAUCAUUUUUCAAUUCCAUUGGGAAAAGCUGAUGUUCUUAAAGCACCAAAACAUUUUCCACUUCCUGUUUUACGUUACACAUUGUGCGAAAUGAAUCUCAUUUGGCAUAUGUACGGUGGAAAGGAUUUUGGAAAUCCUCAACCACCACCAAAGAAACAUGUCACAAUUGACGAGGUCGGACAAAGGUACAACGCUAUGAAUCAAGGAAGGAGUCGUUCUGUGAUUGGUGGUGUUGGCUAUAAAAAAAGUUCACCAAAUGAAAUUCGUUUUGGUAGUGUUCCAAAUUCACCACGAGCACGUGCUCGUGAAUCGCCAUUGGAUUGGUGGUGUCUCGGCGGACCGGGAAGAGAUGAGAAACUCCUCAUGGAACUUCAAUUGCACAAAGUACGUUUUCAACAUGAAGUUUAUCCCGAGGAAACAACACAGGCGUCACGACAAAUUCUUCUCAUUAGUGAAAUUGAAAUUCGCGAUCGACUCGAUUCAUCGAAUAUUAAUAAAUUUCUCUAUCAAUGUAAUAGCGAGGAUAAACCAAGACAAUCACAUGCAAAUAUGUUUGAAAUGAAAGCUGUUCACAUUCGUCCUGAUCCAAAACUAAGUAGUCAGGAGUGUUGUUUGAAAUUGAGUAUUUUGCCAUUACAAUUAAAUAUCGAUCAGGAUAGUUUACAUUUUCUCAUUGAUUUUUUCACUGAAUUGAGCGGUGGACCAAGUCAGGAUAAUGCAAAUGUCAAUAGUAAUGCACAAUCGUCGCCGGGAUCAAAACAAGGAACACCAACUCAUCAUCCACCGGUGAUGAGUGUCAAUGACACCAAUGCAAAUUCAAGAAGCAUGAAUUCAUCACAAGAAAGCGAUACGGUUGUCGAUCAGAAUUUAAUGAUUUUACUUGAGGAUGAAUUAACAAUUAAGGAAAAUAAACAGGAUACAAAAAUUAUAUCCGAGUCACAGGACGACAGUCAACCAAUGUACUUCAGGAGUGUCGUUUUUGGACCAUCAGUGAAUAUAAAAGUGGAUUAUCAAGCGAAACGAGUAGAUUUUAGUCGCGGACCAUUGGUUGGCAUUUUAAUGGGACUUACGCAUCUAAAUAAAUCGGAAUUAAGACUGAAGGAAUUGUCAAAUCGUCAUGGAUUAUUGGGUUUUGACAAAUUAAUUACAUACCUGCUUCAAGAAUGGAUUCAGGAUAUUAAAGAUCAUCAACUAAAGGGCCUAUUGGUUGGCGUUGGACCAAUGCACUCUUUAGUUCAACUAUUCCAAGGAAUUCGUGACUUGUUCUGGAUGCCAAUCGAGCAAUAUCAGAAGGAUGGAAGAAUUGUACGUGGUUUACAAAGGGGUGCAAAUAGUUUCACAACAUCAACAGCGAUGGCUGCUCUAGAAUUGACAUCGCGAUUGGUUUAUGCAAUUCAAAGCACUGCCGAGACGGCCUAUGACAUGGUCAGUCCUGGACCAAGUGUCAGAAGAAAGACACGAGGUCAGAAAGGACGGAGGAAAAGAUACAGUCAACCCUCUGAUAUUCGUGAAGGGAUGACGAACGCCUACAUGCUAGUUAAAGAGGGUUUGGGCGAGACUGCGAAUCAAUUAGUGAGAGUCGCGAGUGAGGAACAUGAGCACAAAGGCGUUUCCGGUGCGGUUGGUGGAGUUUUGAGACAAAUUCCACCGACAGUCGUGAAACCAAUAAUCCUCGCUACUGAAGCAACAAGCAACGUUUUAGGUGGAAUUCAAUCGCAAUUGGUGCCAGACGCAAGGAGAGAAGCUGUACAAAAAUGGCGACAAGAUUCGACCGACGUUAAUUGAAUAUAAAAAAAAAAAAUUCACAUUAACGAAAAACUAUAAUUUUUUUUUUUUUUGAGAGAUAGAAGAGAGAAGAUGAAAUGUUGAAAAAAAACUCGCGCAAAAAAUUUUUUUUUCCUUUUAUAAAUAAAAAAAAAAAAAUUAAUAAUGCGAGAAAAAUUUUAUACUUGAAAGAUUUAUAAAGUGUGUAUAAAAAAAUUAAUUUCGGAAACUUUUAUUCCGAAUUAUAUUUGCAAAUGCAAAGACUUAAAAAAAAAUUAUAUAUAUAUAUUAUAUAUAUCUUCCGUUCCAAUAGAAGAAAAUUGUGUAUAAAAGAAAUGAAGAAUGUUGAAAAGAUUUAGAGUUUAAAACAAAAAAAAAAUUGUGAUUAUAAUUAUAAUUAUAUAAUGAGAUAAUAUUAUAUAUAUAUACAUAAUAAUUGAAACUUAUAUACAUAUUAUGCCUGAUCACUAAAUCGCUUGUAUGUAUUUUUGUUCUAACGUUGUGUAAUAAUGUUUUGUACCCAUGAUGAUGACUCGUAAAGAAACAAAAAAAACUUUUAUUAAUAAAAUCGUGGAUUAAUUGAA